UGACUCGUUCCGCCUCCUUGUUGCAGCUGAGAUUCCCCAAACCUCUGCUUCUGACUGCUAGUGCUUUUGAGUUAUGGCAAUCAUGGACUCCUCGAAUGGAGAACAAGACAUCGCGCGCAUAUGGAAUCUACUGUUGGAAGUCUCGGACCAGUUAACCCAGAAUCGCAGCGUUUCUCUAUCCCUGAACAAUGUCGCAGGCGCAGCUAAAACACAAGCAAUUCACUCUCAAACUGGGUUCGUUCUCAGACGCUUCAAUCUGGAAAAGCCCAAAGAUGUGUACGAAGCCGAACUGGAGCGCAUGAACACCGCCAUGUCUGCGGAGAAUCAGACCCUGCAAAAUGAUAACAGACAGCUUAACGCACUCAUCCGAGAAUAUGAACAAACUUUGGAGACAGUCAUGAGCUCGUUCCGUACGCAUGCUUACGAAGUCCAGCAGCGUGAGCUGGCCGUAAUGCGAGAAUAUGAGAGCGUCAUUAUCCAACGCGAGAGCGAGACUUUAGACGUCGCGCUUACGGCAGGCAACGCUCGCUCCCAGAGCCUCGCCCGGGUUGGCCGACUGCUACGCGCCGUUAUGCGCAAACUUGCUGGGGAAGAUAUCAAAGCGUAUGAAGACAUUACACGAGCUGAAGAGUCUCGAGGUACAGCACAAGUCGUCCCACCUGUGUCUGAGCCGAGCCAGGAACCUACAACGGCGCCUGACGCUGUGUCUCCUUCGAAUGCGGGAACUACAGCGUCAGAGGACCAAACCGAACAAGAGCCUGAUCUGCUGCAAGAACUCGACGAGGAUGAUAACCCAGAACUGCUACAGCGAAGGCUUGUUGCGGCAGAGUGGGCACUGGAUCGGGAGAGCGAGCUUGCGCGACUAGAGAGAGAAAACGAGGAACUGCGGAUGCUGCUGAAUGACUUGGUGGUUGCCGAGACGGCGCCUGUGGAACCGGUUCCAGUGGCACCUCGACAUGCUGAAACUGCUGUCGAGGAAAAUAAUGAGGAGGGCAGAUCAUCGCCGACACCGUCGACCUUGAAUCCUCAUCGAACUCGUCGACAAUUGGGUGGACCACCGGGAACAGUUGGUCCGUUUGGGUCGUAUAAGAGGCGUUCGGUCACUUAGACUCCAACCGGAGUGCUGUUUAGACAUUCUUCAUUAUGCGGCUACCUAUUCGACUUGAGCAAGGUUGCCACUCCUUCUACUAGUAUGAUACAAUUAUCCGGUUCGAAUUGGUAUUCAUACCGUCAACAUUUCCAUUUCAUACGGCCGAUUAUCUUCUGCAAAUCCACUGGAGUAACAUAAGUCAAUAUAUAUACCAACUCUUAGAUUGAUAGUCGAUCUGCAGAGAACCGUUGUCCACUG